AGAACGUGACGUCACGUAGGCGGCCGGUAGCGCCGACGCCGAGGGCAUAUGCGCGAGCGUCGCCGGCCGUGAUUUCGGGGUUUCGGGCGUCGAGCGGGGUGGUUUCAAAAAGGAUUUCGGGGCAGCGCGGAUCGCGGCCCUUGCUGCUCGCGGAUCGUCAAGGUGACCUUGGGCCUGCGAUAACCGUUAUACGUGAAAUUAUCACUCGGGGGGGAUAUGCCAGAGGGUUGCAGAUAUCGGAGAUUGUCGGCUAUAUUGAUUGGUCUUUUGUGCGAAAGCAGCCACUACACCUCCUGUCUAGCUCUCUUUCUCUAGGAGCGGAGCGCGUCAUCGAUCCGCGAGUGACCCAUAUCCGUUGCCACUCCUCCCACCUCCCAGCUCCCACCUCCCGCCACCCCCAACCCACCCCGCUCGCCUUUUUUCCCCUUGUGCCUCUCGCAGCAGCCCUGCCUGCUGCCAACGAGCAGAUCUUCGCGGGUUCGGGAUGAUAAUCCAGUGAAACUCACUCCGCGACGAACUCCACCUGCAACAGCAGCCCUGGCCUGCCAAAAUCCCUUCAAUUCGGUCAUCUGCUGCGGCGUUGGAGGUGGAGGGGCAUCGACGGGGCCCCAGCCGCCACAACUGCAGGGGACCAACACAAGAACCACCAUCAUGCAAGACCCCGUCCUUGAAACUAUCCUCGAGCAAAUGCGAGAGGCCGAGGCCCGCAGAGCAGAAUUGGAGAGGCAACAUGCGGAGACGCAGGCGCAGUUACGUGACAAGUUAGCUGGCCGGUAUCCAGGACCAGAGUCUGUUGAAGCACUGCAAUCGAAAAUUAGGGAACUCGAAAAGAAAACAGAACUCCAGAUGGUUAGACACGAAGAACUGUCCCUAGAGCUGACCAGCUUGAGACGGGCACGUAGCAGAGGACCGGUUGCUAGCAACGUGACUUCAACAGUCCCUAUGUCCACGUGGCCCCCUGCUGGUUCUGAAAUUGAUCGAAUUAUUGCCAAAAUUGAACAGGACAACAGCUUAAGUAAAACCAGUGCCAGUAGGAUUCUGCACGAGUUGGAUCAUUCGAGGAGCAACGUGACAACUCAACAGCCUUCUGGUUCCCAAAGUAUAUUACGUUCAAGUUCAGAAAAUCUUCCCAACUUGGGGCAACAUCAGCACCCUCCACAUCCGCAUGCAUUAAACCUUGGUCUACCGUCACAAACAUCACACUACGCUGGCUCUCCGAUGCCAUUAACGCCAAUGAUGCCUGGCUGUCCACCGUUAACACCAAAUGGUCCACCGUACCACUACAGCGAGCCGAUUCCACCUGCACCAUCUCUUUCAACUAGCCAAUCACAGCCUGCGUUUCAGCAGAAGCUACAACAAUAUCAGCAACAACAACAGCAACAGCAGCACGAACUAUCAAGCUCGCACUCACAAGGCACCCUACCGUCUCAACAAAAACAACUACAAACACACACGCAGUUUUCCGGCAGUCAAUAUCAAGAAAGUUAUCCACAUACACAAACGUACCAACAACCAAUACAGCAACAACAACAUCCUGUUUCAACUUCGUACUUAACUUCUGCUACUGGAGGUCAGAAUGUCAUGCCUCAUUAUACGCAACCGAGUCAGACAAAUCAAGGCUAUCAACUCAACGGUAGUCAACAGCAGACAACAUACCCAACGCUGUCCAUGACUUCUCAUCCCAAUGGAACUUACAACUCUGUAACAACCAGUUAUGCAUCGCAACUGACUCAUCACAACUAUUCUGGUCCACAUACAAGUAUCCCCCAGACAACACUUUCUUCUCUUCCACCAUAUUCGACAACAACACCUGCCUAUCACUCAACAUUGGGUACCUUGACUAGCUCCUCACAAAAUAUGCUUCCUUUUUCAACUGGGCAGAGCACGUUUUCGACUGCUGGUUCUAACUACUCUACAGUUGGAACAAAUGCAUACGGCACGUCAGGAGUGAACACAGGUCCUACUUCAAGUGGCUUAUUACAAGCUAUAGGAGAUCCCCUCCAAGCUAUGCAACAGUUGUCGGCGCAGUCACAAGCUAGCCAACUCCAACAACAAGCUAUUAUACAUCAAAUUCAACAGAGCUUGCGAGCCAGCUCGCCAACCGCCACUGGAUCAACUGGUCACCACUUUUUGGGACCGAGACAAAUGCCAAAAAUCCCAACAGGCAUUUUAUCCAAUCCAAUGGAUCGUCUGACUAAUGACAAUAUGGUGUCUGAAGGACAAGUGGACAUGUUAGAUAUUCCUGGAAAAGGCAGGUGUUAUGUUUACAUCGCACGGUUCAGCUACGAACCUUUCCAGCAUUCGCCUAAUGAAAACCCUGAAGCUGAGUUGCCUGUACAAGGCGGAGAUUAUCUUUUGGUAUGGGGACAGCCUGACGACGAUGGUUUUCUUGAUGCAGAGACGCUAGAUGGUCGACGAGGCCUCGUACCAGCAAAUUUCGUUCAAAAAUUGGUAGGAGAUGAUCUCUUAGAAUUUCAUCAAGCUGUUCUGGGACUCAGAGAUGUUGAUGAUGCCGCUUCCACUAAUAUACCGCAAUGUUACCUGCAGGACAUUGACUUGGAGUUAGCAGCACUAGAAGAGGGCAACCGUAACCGUCAAGCAGAAUUAUCUGCCUAUGCAGAGCUGGACAACAUUGCUGAUGAAGAUGAACAAGAGCCACCAGAAGUCUACCUGUUUUCGGACCUAGUACCGGCGCCACAACACCUCACCCUUGAACGUCAGCUGAACAAGAGUGUGCUGAUUGGUUGGACUGCGCCGCAAGAGAAUUCUCAUCACCUCGAGUCAUACCAUGUCUACGUAGAUGGAGUCCUUAAGGUCACUGUCAAAGCUACUGAGAGAACUAGAGCAUUGGUCGAAGGAGUUGAUUCCACAAGGCCACACAGGAUAAGUGUUCGAUCUGUAACACACUCUCGGCGGACGUCGCGGGAUGCUGCAUGUACUAUGGUGAUUGGUAAAGACGUUGCCAUGGGACCGACUGCAGUUAAGGCGUCAAACGUUACUGCAACUAGUGCCGUCAUUUCAUGGUUACCAAGCAACAGUAAUCAUCAGCAUGUCGUUUGCGUCAAUAAUGUUGAAGUUAGAACUGUGAAACCUGGAGUCUACCGUCACACAAUAACUGGCCUAGCUCCAUCCACAAUAUACAGAGUAACUGUUAAGGCAAAGAACUUGAGGGCUACACACUUUGAAGACCAGAAUACACAGUCAGCUAAUGCAUUGGCCUGUCACGUCCACUUCAAGACUCUGCCUAAGGGACUGCCUGAUCCUCCGGUCGAUAUACAGGUGGAGGCAGGACCGCAGGACGGCACUUUGCUAGUGACCUGGCAGCCUGUUGCCCUAAACGGUUCGGCCGUCACCGGUUAUGCGGUUUACGCGGAUGGUAAAAAAGUUACAGACGUUGACAGUCCAACUGGAGAUCACGCUUUGAUUGACAUACACAAAUUGAUGGGUCUCAACCCUAAACAUGUAACAGUGAGAACAAAAAGUAGAGAAAGUCAGUCUGGAGACAGUUGUGCAACUGCGAUUCCGUGUAGCGUUCUCAGAGGAGGCCCCCAUUUGCAUGGCCCUCACGGGCCUGACCUCAACCAGCAACAAAUAGCCAACCAAGAAGACCCUAACCGUAGAGUUACAAAUAUGAAUCAACGUUAUCCGAGUGCACCUGUACCUCCACAUAUGAGGAGGCACGGCACAACCAGGGUGGAUUCACAUGGUCAAGUAGUUAUCGAGACUGACGAAAAUCUCUCGGAUAAAGAAAUAUAUCCUGGGCAGAGUAUACCGCAGAUAGGUGUUCCAGAAAUCACAAAAGAUUCAGCUAGUGAAGCAAAUUAUAGCGAGGAAGAAGAUCCGUCUCGAAGAGGAAGAAAUAUGCCUCCACAUCACGGCCAUCACAGAUACAAUAAUCCAGGGAUUCCUGCUGGACCAACUCACAGAGGGGGUAGACCUACCGGAGGCCCUAGACCUCAGGAUCCAUACUACGAUCAAUCAGCAGGUAACCAAAGGGGAAGGGGUCCAGUGUAUCGAAGUGGACGAGGAGCAAGUCAGGCUCAAGGUGGAGGUGCUGGUGGACCACAUCACGCGCCUACUGGGGCUCAGCAAAUUAACAAACGGACCAGGUGGUUUGUAGCUCUAUUUGACUAUGAUCCUACUACAAUGUCGCCAAACCCUGAUGCCUGCGAAGAAGAGUUACCUUUCAGCGAGGGUGAAACAAUCAAGGUUUAUGGGGAAAAAGAUGGUGAUGGAUUUUAUUGGGGUGAGUGUAGAGGCCGAAGAGGUUAUGUACCCCACAAUAUGGUCGAAGAAUUGAAGGAUCAAGGUCCAAAUUCAGGCGUUGCUGUUCGGCGAACUGGCCAAGGUUGUGGUCAGGGAGACAGGUGGGGUGAUAUAUACGCCAAUAUGCCUGUAAAGAAGAUGAUCGCCCUUUAUGACUAUGACCCUCAAGAACUUUCGCCAAAUGUUGACGCUGAGCAAGUGGAACUGAGCUUUCAAACUGGCAAUGAGAUCUAUGUCUAUGGGGAAAUGGAUGAUGAUGGAUUCUAUAUGGGCGAACUGGAUGGAGUACGUGGACUAGUUCCCAGUAACUUCCUCACAGAAGCACCUGGUCAAGCACAAACCCAAGGCCAAGGCCAGGGUCAACAGCCUCCUGGCAGUAGAAGAGCUCCCGGGCAAGGUCAAGGUCCAGGUGCACGAGGUCCGCCACCUCCUCCUAGGGAACCUCCUCCACCUGGCCAUCGUCGCCCAAAAGAUGCGUCUGCCUGCAUUGUGCCUGUGUCUGUCCCUGUCUGUCACUUAGACUCUAGACAACAACAACAACAACAACUACCACCACUAAUGAACAACCAACACCAACAAAACAAUCCACCACCGCAUCUAGCCUAUCAACAAGCGAACAACCACAGCUACACGACUGUAACCACGUCUAAUCAGCACGGACCUAAUCACCCACCCCCUGGGGGUGUCAUGGGCUCCCAUAACCCCCAUCAGGUGGGCCAAGGGUCUGUCCCACCCCACCUUCAGCAGCAGGGGAGGGGGAGAGGCGUGGGCAAUCGAGUCGUUGGUAGUAAUGCAGCGGGGGUUCUUCAAGGUCCACCACCGCACUUGCAGCAAAAUGAAUAUCCGACACAGCAGCAACAGCAGCAGCAACACCAACAACAGCAACAGCAACAACAAGGACCUAGUCAACAGUAUUCCCAACAAAAUCCACAAAACCAAAACUACAGUCAACCAAAUCAAGGCUAUCAACAAAACCAAGGCUACAGCCAACAGAACCAAAACUUCAAUCCACAGAAUCAACAAUUUCCACAGCCAAACCAAGGAUACCAACAAAAUCAGGGAUACGGGCAAAUGAACCAACAGUAUUCGCAACAAAACCAGAGCUCGUCCAUCUCAGGACCUCAAGGCACUAGUAAACCUAUGCGAGGUAUACCAACCGUUAUACCUACUGCCCAAAGUAAGACUCAGGCUGAUGGUCAAGCUCAACAACCAGCCCCAGCUGCUGGACCAAAUCUAAUGCAAAAAUUCACAGAAAUGGCAGGGGCUAGUGCAGGUGGAGAUAUAUUGUCGAAAGGCAAGGAACUUAUCUUCAUGAAGUUCGGGUUGGGGAAGUGAAGUCUAUCAGUUUUUAUUAGAUUUAUUUAUUCCAAUUUCUACAUUAUGCUGACUGUGUCAUUUGGCUCAGACCGCUAUGUAUUCUGAACUCUCACUUGAAGAAAUUGUAAAAUAGGGUUCUUUGAUGAAAUUGAUAGAUUUGUCCUUAAAAGCUAGUUAUUGAAUAAACACUGUACCACCAUUAGCAACUACAAAUCUGUAAAUUAUAUCAAUUGUCUGGGUGAUUAGACAAUUGUAUUUUCAAUGUCACGUCGUGUUAUAAAAAACCCUUCGUAGCUGGAAAAAACUGUUAGGAACUUGAAAUUUGAGAGUUUCUUGCCGGUAUUUUUCUACUACCGGUAUUUUGGUUAUUUUUUUUUUUUAAUUCCAAAGGGAAUAGUGUAGUAAUAAUUUUCGCACAUUCAAGUCAAAUCAAUCCCUUGCCUCGUAAACUAAUGUUUUUGAACAGUACCAGUUGGCAUCGCAGUAACGGGUAGUAGGUUUUGUGGCAGGUGUAUGUUACGUAUAUUUAAUCAGCACUUGCAUUUCCUGGUUGAUGAGAGGAAAUAAGGGUCCAUAAGUUUUAGUACAAGCAUAUUUUUUUUUGCCAAUGUCUAGUGUUCCAGGUACCAUAGCAUACGAAGAUGCAGUUUACAUUACACAAACACAUACACGCGCGCACGCACGCGCCCACACACACACACACACACCACAUUGUCCUAAUAUAUUAUUGUGUGGUACUUUUUCUUAACUGCCAGAUGCUUGUCACAAAAUACCUUUUGAUUUUGAAAGUUUCAUAAUAAUUUUAUUUUACUAAAAGCAAUACAACUUUAUAGUAUUUUGAUAUGAGUACUCAGGUAAAUGUAAUUCGUGAUUUGACUCAACAAAAUCAAUAACUCGUGUUACGCAACUCCUAGUUAUCACUGAUACCUAACUAAUUAAAUUUUUGUGACACGUGUAUGCCAGUACUCAUCUUCAACUGCUGUGAUUCUCUGAUAAAUACCUCAGUUUCAAUCAAAUGAACCAAUUAAGCAGACACGAGAGCAAAGUCAUUUAACAUACGUUAUAGAAGAGUGCAUUAAUUCGGUUUAGUUAUAUAUAUAUGAUAUAUGAAUUCAAUUGAAACAACAUAUGGUAAUGUGAAGUAGCCUCGUAUUACCUUUUUCAUGAUGGACUAGGAGUGAGCGUAGGGAUUUAUUUAGCAUUGUUCGCAGAGCGAUAAAUUGAAGUGAUAAAAACGAAAUUGAUUGAAAUUAGCAAAUGGCCGGCGCUUACGUAGUUCGGGGUAGGGUAGAUAUAGACGAUUGGACGAACGCAUUGUCCAAAGUCGCGCGUGGGUGGGCGUGCCUUGAGAUGCCUCACUCUGACACAAACAAUAAUCAUAUCUAUAAAUAAUAAAAUUAAUAAUUAAUUUAUUAAGUAAUUAUAAAUAAAAACAGUGCGACUGCAGAAAAAUGGUCCUAGCUCUUUGAAAAUCUUGAAUCUUGUUAAAUAAAUUCUAAAGAUUCUAAAUACCAUUACAAAGACAUAAAAAUCUUGCCGGUAUGCAAUUUGUAUACAAAUUUAUAGAUUGUGCUCCAAACGUGACAUUUCAUUGUCGGGCAUUACGAGUAUUCAUUUAUUAUUCUAACUAAGUCACAUUAGCUAAAAAAUAUCUUGGCAUGAGAUCCUCGAGUGUAUGCCGAUCUAUGCUUUGAUGUUUUAUAGCUAUUGUGAUGCAAUUUAUUUAUAAAGAUGCUAAAUUUUCUGACUAGAAACCUUUUCAUGUCCCACUGAUAACAGAAUUAGCUUGCUGUGGCAUUCAGCUGUUCUGUGGAUAGGAGACAUUUUUCCAUCCACAAUUUGCCAGCUAUUAAUUAAAUCAAUUAAUGAUCAAUACCAAAAAAAAUGCAUACCAAUUAUAUUAUAAUUGUAAUGAAUUAAAUAAUAUUAUUAUUACUGAUUAAUGAAUAAUAAUAUUAAUAAAAUAAUGGAAACGAUUACACGUGCAUAUACAUAAUAAUAUAUUAUAUUUAACUAUCGCAAAUUGUUGUUACAUCGCUACUUGAGUGUAUUUUGUACAAAGUAUCCGAUUUUUAUUUUAUUUUUUUGCCAAAAAAAAAGUAAAUGAAUCAUAAGAUGACGAGAAUGAAGUUAACUUGUAAUGUAAUAUGAUAAUGUUAUUAAUUAUAUCUAAAAACGAUCAUUGUAUUACCAAAUAUUGACGGUUUUAGAUCCGUGGAUUGAUCUGUAUGCACGUGACACUAUGCUCGAAAGAAUUCAUUUUGUCAAAUUGGAGUAGUGACAUAAUGUGAGCAUAUAUCUGCGUCGUUCUAAAUUUUAAAAUCUAUCUUUGCUCUUUAUUAUUAUGAGAUCGUUUAGACUUCGUGAUGAAUGUUCAUCCUGGAAAACAUCAUAUACUUUCUCCAACUAAAUCGUACACAGUUGGUCAAGGUAGUGUUAAUUGACGGCAAAAAAAUCAUUUUGCCACUACUCUAAGAAAAGAUUAAGCCAAUGACUUCUCCAGUGGUCUGGUCUUGACGUUGACAUAAAAAAUGUGUUUUUAGUGUGAAUACAUAGGUAGAAUUUUUUUUCCACUAUUGAGUAACUUCAUCCAAGCAAAGACCAGUUUAUAAUGAGCAACAUGCUACCAAAUUAGUAGCGUUUGUGGUGAUCAUACUGAUUCUACCAUGGUUAGGUAUUCGUUCACAAAGUAUUAUUCAAGAGCCAAAUCCAGUUGAAUCAGAUAAUCGGGAGUGAAUAAUAUAUUUCGUUUAUUUUCAGUGGGAUCUAAUCUAAUUACCUUUUAGUACUGCAAAUCAUGUAUUCACAACACCUUGUAUUAAAGUACUUUCAAAAGUGUUGAUUUUGAAAACAUGUUUUUAAACUUUCACAGCUCAAGUGAUCACUUUGAGUACAAAUUGUGAUAACCCGAUUUCUAAUUUAUACUAAAUCUAGCAGCGAUAUUCAUUGGCUCGUGUAUUCUACGGUAUCUAAUGGAAACGUGUUGUUGCAGACUGUUGUUUUGUUGACUCCCCGUAAAAAUUUUGAUUCAAAGAAACGUGUGCUUCAUUUAAUGAUAGAAAUAAAUUAUCUAUCAAAAUUAAAUGCAACGUCCAAUAAUUUUUACGUUUGUGUCGACAGAAUUAUGAUUCAUAUCAUAGAUUUCUUCUAAAAAUACAAUCUACGAAACUUAGACUCUCUGUAGGAUUCGAAUACGUAAUAUUAGUUACCAUUCUCUAGUAUUAACACUAAAAACCAUAGAAAGCUAUAGCAUUAUUCAACAAUAACAAGGAUGCCAACGCCAGCUAUGUUUGAUAUUUGACCUUGCGCUUAGUUUUCUAUGGAUCAACAAAUGAGAAUCGAAUCCUUGUUAGCCAAAUAAGAAAUGAAAAGAAAAAAAUUGAUAACAAGAAUACAAUGUUAUUAUAAACAACAACUUAAUAAAAGAAAGUUGUUUGUUGUUACUUGCGUGACACCUCGUAUAUCAUGCUUUAUACGUUUAUGUUAAUGAUCUGAGAAACAAAUUUUAUGACAGUUUCUAUGAUGUUUCCAUCACUUAUUGCAUUUUUCAUCUAAAAAGAUAUAAAAUUGUUGAAACUGAAAAUAUUGUAAUAUGUUAUGGGAUAAAAGUGUCUUGAUGCAGUGCAAUUAAUCAAUUGUAUCUACGUUUUGAAAAUUGUGUCAUCUCAAUAAGGGUUUAUAAUUACUGUUCUACACAUUUACGAGAAAUGUGGGAUUUAAUCAGACAGUAAAAAUAACGCUCCAUCAAACUAUAAGUCUUUGGCAGAAGCGUAGACAGUGCACAAAACAAUGAGCAUAGCUACAAUCGCCUCAUCUGAAAUGGAAGUGAAUACAUUUCAAUUUGAAAAUUUCAUGCAACAAUCUGUUGCAAUUCGAUCACUAUAAUAAAAGUUGAUUGAUUGCAUUAUACCCAACAUGCGUCCCUAUCUUACUUAGUCCUCUAGAAAUUUGAUCGCCACAUUUCUUCGGCCCUGUUUUAUUAUAAAUUCAUGAACAAGAGUUACUUCUAAUAGCACAAUCUGAAACUAUGUAGUUAAUUUCAUUUGACGUUUAAAUAACAAUGGCAAAGGACAAUAUAAUAAGAUUUUCCUUUAUUUGCAAUCUUUGCUAUGAUUGAUCUAGAAUGUAUAUUAUUAAGUGAGAGUUGAGUUACAAAGAAAAACUGAAAAUACGAUCAAACAAUAAUAAAAUAAGUUACUAUA